AUGGCCGACGACGAUGACGGCAUGGAAGGCAGCGCUGCCCCCCUUGCUUUGACGCCAGAGCAAAGGCGGGAGUUGAUGCUGGAGAAGUUUAGAAGCUCCAAGGUUCCGAAUGGCGCCGCCAGGAUUGAUGAGCUCAUCGAAAAAUCAGCCGUCGAGCUUACCGAGUACCUGAUCAAUUGUGGCUUCUCGUCCAUUUCGACUGAAUGGUUCGACUGGACGAUUGACACGAAGGUCUGGAUCUACAUCCAUGCCUAUAUCGUCAAAACAAAUAGCUUAAUCGCUUACCCUUGGAUGCAGGACGAGCCCCCGCGUCAGCCUGAAGACGCCCGGGGCGAGUCGGCCAAGUUCAACAGCUUGAAGCAUCUCUUCCUCAAGAGGGCGAUUUUCCCCGCCACAAAAAUCGUGGAGAUGGGCAUGCCGCUGAUGCAGCCGGAGCUUCACAUGGACCGAGAGGUGGAUUGGGUCAUGCCGGUCGAGCAGCGCCAGAAGAUCUGGGACCAGGUCUUCCCCGGCGUCCUCUGCUCGCCUGGCCAUCCGUUCGAGAUCGUCGUUCCGCUCGCGACGAAGUCCAUGGCGCACAUCGUCGAUCCCAUGCCGGAGUUGAACAGCCUCGCCCCUACGGUCUUGAGGAUCGCCUCGGUCAAGAGACUCAACUCCUGGGGCCAGUUCGCCGAGGCCCUGGUCCUCAGCAACGCCCCCGGCGCAGAGGACAACGAGCGGAACCGGACGGACCUCGCGCUGUACUAUGCUCGCAUCCUCCACUGGGCGAGCAGGACCAUCGCCACCGGCACGAGCACGCCGCUCGCUGAGGCGUUGACGGACAUCGCCCGCGACCGGGAGCGCAUGCGCGACGGCGUCUCGGCGCAGGACAUCCUGAUGCAGUUCCAGGAAGAGCUCACGCAGCAGCAGCUGGACCGCUGCCAGGACGAGCUGAAACUGAUGCCGUGGUUCUCGCAGGACGAGCACGCCAGCUACCUGGCUGGCCACUGGCUCGAGGGCGAGAGGGACCGCACGACGGCCGAGGAGCGCUGCAGGCUGCUCCGCGACUGGUGCGACCUGCAGAAAGGCACGCCGCAGCACCAGACGCAACACAUCAACACUUCCAAACUGUCCCCCGCCGAGCUCCGGGGAGCGUGCGUCGUGGCAUGGAAGCGAAAGAUCACCGAGUGGCAAGGCAUAAUCGAUGGUGACCCGUCGUUUUCAUUGAAGGAUGAGAUGCACUGGGCGAACCAAAUGUGGGAGUCCAAUGCCUGA